AUGGAUGAUGCUUCUGCAAUGUGGGAUCAAAUUCAACGUAUGCCCUUUCAGCAGCUGCAGGAAACUAACGAGUUUGUGUACAUCAAAAAGGUAAUGUCGCUUGUCGCGCGCUAUGUCUUUCUGGAAUCCGAUCCGAAGAUGGCCGACCCCCGAUGCACGAUCAGCAUUGCAAAGCUGCUUAAAACCGUCUCUGCUAAGUGCCUCACCGAGUUCGCACGACUCAGCAAGACAGCAGAAGAAACAGCAGCGGAGAUAGCGAACCUUCGGAGUGCUUUCAAAACACAACUUUCCUCAAAGGAGGAGGAAAUUGAGAAGCUCAGCGACCUGUUACGCAAGGCUAGAAUAGAGGGGACAUCUCAAAAUGCGGCAGCUGAGCCGUCGAGCUCAGAGGAGCUAGCUCGCUUGAAGAUCGAGAAUGAUGAGCUUUCUCUCCAGCUGCGAAACCUAACGCGGCGGAACGCGGAACUGAAGGAGGUCCUUGCAUCGCGCAGUGAUGACAUGGGCGACAUUAAGGAACACUAUGAAAAGGCGCAACUAGAGUACCGCCAUCUUGCCGCAAGGUACAAGCGUCUUGCCGAUCGCUCUGCGAAAACAGAGGAUAUUCUGCAGGAACUGCGUCAGAAAGAGCAAGGCAAGAAGCAAAAGGCAGACGACGAGCUGGAUCGACUGCGGCAAAAAGUUCAAUCUCUGCAGCAAGAAAACUACGCCCUCGUACAGUCGCGCGAUCGAGCGGAAGAGCUAUGUGAAAAGCGAGAGGCAGAGGCGCUUCGUGACAUGACGGAGCUGCGGAGACUGACGAAGGAUCUCCUCGACGAAGAGCGCGCAAAAAAUAAAUCUCUGCGAGACGAGUUUGUCACCGUCAAGCAGGAAUCUGAUGCACAUGUGGAGCAGCUGAUGCACCAACACGAGGUUGACCUCGACGAAAAGGAGGAGGAGAUUGCACUACUCCGACGACAGCUGGAAAAGGCCACCAGUCAGCAAAAGUCUCACUUUCACCGUGACUCUUCAAUCUCAGACGGUUCGUCGUCGCACUCGUCGGUAAAAACCGGUCCGCCUGACAUCAGUGACAAGGAUGCAAAGAUGUGCGUGAUCCCCACGGAGGAGCAACGCAGGCUGGAGCGCGAGAACGACGAUUUGCACGCCGAGGUGGAGCAGCUCGAACUGCGCAUUGACGCACUUGAUGAAGAAAACCUUCGACUGACGCGUCUCGUCAAGAACUACGAAAGUGGCAACGAGGGCUUCUAUCGGCUAAGGCAAGAAUUGGCAGACCACACGCGAACUGUGGAGGUUCUCCAGAGCGAAAAUGCGCAGCUUCGAGAGCGACUAAACGGCAUGGAAGAUUCCGUUACGUUUAAUGCCGCGCUCCGCGAGCUGUGCAAGCGGGUCGGGGUGACGGAGGAGGAAAUCAACAGUCUGCGCCCUCAGAACGCAGCCGCGUACAGCGAAAUGGACACUUUGAAGGAGGAGCUGAGUCUGCUGAAGGAGGAGGUGGAGUGGCUGGAGCGGGAGCGGCGCCAUUGGAUGAAUAAGGUGCGACUGCAGCCCCUCAUGGACACCAAGCUUCGCUUCGAGCUAGGCCUCUCCUCCGAGCAGCUCAAGCAGCUGGACAAGCUGGUGGACCAGAUGAAAGCUGGCACCGUUCUAGUCGAGGAAAACGAUGAGAGCUACAAGGAUAAAUAUUUCAAGGAGCUGCAGGCGCGGCGUCGCGAUGCUGAGCAGUUUAACGCGUUCGUGAAGGAUCGCAUAAAUGACGCCCUGAAGAACGCUUUUGUGGACGUGAGCGCCCCUGACACCGCCGCCGCGGUGUCGGCACUGCGAGAGCAUAUCGACGUCAUCACCUCCUCGUCCACGGUCGAGGCUGGUGCACAGGCUCAGGAAAAGAUCGAGCGACUUACUCGGCGGCUGGAGGAACUUGAGCAGUCCGAGAAUAUGCGUGUGGAAGAGAUUGCGCGUCUGCGGGAGCAGGUGGUGGCCGGCACGACUGAGAAGGAGGUGAUUUGCCGUGAGCGUGAUCAGUACCGCGAGGCCAUUUUUGGCGCUGCCGGGAUAGGCGCGGCCCAGACCGAAGUCGCAGCCGGCGCAGGUGCGCCGGCGCUCGGCGACUUUGGUGAGAGCGGCGCAGGGGGUUUGUCAAACGCGAAGUGGCUGACUGUAGCGAAUACGCUGCGCGAGCAGCUACGCGUGAAGGAUACGCUUAUCGACUCUCUGAGUAAGGAGCUUACAGUAGCGAAGGAACAGUUAGAGGCGAGGCGGGCUGCCGACGCAGAGCAGCACCGAAGGAUGGAGCUAGAGAAGAAAGCAGACAAUUCCUUGCAAGAUCAGAUCAAAGCGCUGGCAGAAUUGAACGAGGAGCUCACUGAGAGAUGCGGCGCGUUGUCGAAGACGAAUAAAGACCUCGAAGACAGCCUCGAGCGACUUGACCGAGGGACGACGAAGGAGCUGCUGCUCAAAGUGGUUCUGCUGCGUCGCCGCGAGGCGACUCUACUUCAGCGGCUGCGCCGAGCCCUCACUACGCAAGAGGAGUCGAGUGCAGCUGUCAGACGAAUGGAGUCUCAGAUGAAGAAUACACUGUGGCGGCUUCGCGAGAUACUGGAGAGUGAUGACCCCACUGAGGACGCGGUGCUGCCUCGUUCUUCUGCGGGGUGCAGCAUGGAGAGCGAGAUGCUCAGUUUCCUCGACUACGCCGUCCGGCAUCUGCUUCAAGGCAGAAUGUACCGAGAAGACAGCCGUUUUCUCCUUCAUCUCAAGCAGGUUUAUCAAGGUAUGGAGGCCAACCAAGAGAUUUUGGAGCUGCGUUUGGACACGAAACGGCUUCGACACGAGCUGGCGGAGAAACAGGCGGAAAUGGAUGCACUGUCCGCCGAGGUGGCAGGCCUUCGUGCGGCAGCGACUGCCGCCGAAGACGCAAAAGUGAACCCGAGCCCCGAAUACACGGCUGCAGCCGUGGCAAAGAGCGAGGCAGAGGCAGCCACGUACAAGCAGAAGUACGCUCUCGCCGCAAAGCGGCUUGAGGCUCGCGAGAAGGAGGUGUCGCAGCUAGAAAACGAUAUCGACUCUGCACGUCAAGAGGUCAUCGAGGUGCGAGACCACAUCCGCAACAUCCUCAAUGAGGGCGCUGACACGCAGGCGACGCCUUGCGGGUCGCUGCCGCACGCGAAAGUGAGCCCGACGGAGCUGGCUCGGUUGGAGAAAGAAAUCGCGAGGCUGAAGACUGUCAACUUAGGGCUUCUGCACCACUCCUUGGAUCUGCAGUCGCAGGGUAAGUCAUUGGAAAUAGAGCUAGAGGCCAAGCAGCAAGAGAUCACGCUCUUGAAAAGUUCUGCAGAUUCGCAGCUGGUAACCACCUUUGUGAGUGCUGCGAUUCGCGAACACGCCGCACUACGCCGGCAGAGUGAACUGGCCCUCAUCCAGGCGAAGCGACUCAAAAUGCAACUGGCUGCAACGGAGGCUAACUAUCACGUUGUUGCUAAUGAGGCGACGGUGUACAAGACGGGCGCAUAUCGCCUGUAUCGAAAGUACGUGGAGCAGGUUGUGUCAGUUGUGGAUUACUUGCGGUGCGUGCAGCGCGCUAGCAAAGGCUCUCUCUCGCCGCACCAGGCGGAGAUCAUGGAUCGCCGCCUUCGCAAAAUCGUCUCGGACCUCGGUGAGUGCUUUGGUCGGAGCAAGAUGCUAUCGAUGCAGCUCUCUGACGCGCAGAAUACUGUCACCACUCUGGAACAACAGUUGUCUCUACUGCGUGUGGAGGACGGCCCAGCCAAACGGGAUGCGAUAGACGCGAGGCUACAGGAGGCGCGUAGCAGAGUGCGCGAGCAUGACCGCCUCAUGACGGAGUGCCAGGAGGAGAGGCAAUUCCUACAGGCGAAGCUGAACCGCGCCGAGGCAAACAAUAAAGAUCUCAACGCCGAGGUGGCGCGGCUUGAGUUCGGGUACAUGACAGCAUCCCCCCUCGAUGCAGAGCUGCUGGCGACACUUUUGCAGCUAAAGGAGAGUGUCUUUGACAAGGCGGCGGCACCGUCUCUGAACCUUGAAUCAGCUCUAUCCACCGCGUCGAGCAAGCUGGGUUCGGGCAGCGCGGACGACAGCGACCUCGCCAUUCGCGAGUACAAAAAUGCUGUACUGCGGCAGACAGAGCUCGCACAACAGUGCGCCGCGCUGAAGAGGCAGGUGGCCGAUGUGGACGCCGAGCGUCGCCGAAUCGAGCACAUGGCGGCGCAGCUGAGGGAAGGAGCACAGCAGUCGAGCGAGCAGGCUGCGUUCGCCCAGCGGCAGCUCGAAGAGGAGCGGCAAAAGGCGACGCAGCGCGAGGCACGACUACUGCGGGCGCAUGAGACACAGUUGGAGGUGGCUCGCCGGGCCACAGAGCACAACGUUCACUGCUUGCAAGAGAUGAUCCAGAAGAAGGAGCAGCUAAUCUCCUCUUUGCAGGAGCAGCUCUCCGCCGAACGCAGGAAGGGCGUCGAGUACGGGCUCGGCGAAGCAGUGCGGAUGGAGCGGCUGCACGAGCACAUGUUCCGCGAGAACACUGCGAUGGUGGAGCGCUUCAAGAGCGCUAUUGAAACUGUCGGGGACUCUGUGCGCCAUGCGAGUGAGAGCGCAGCUCUGCCUCUCCUCAUACCGGGCACCAGUAACGGUCUGCAGGAGCAGCUGCAGUUCCUUACGGCGGAGACGGUCCGCCUCCGUCACGAGUUGAAGGAGGCCCGCGCAACUAGCAUUGUGCUAGAGUCGCAGCUGGAGCAGCAGGUGCAGCAGCAGCUGUCGACUCGCGCCCCGAACGCUGGAGCCGCGUCAGGUCACAACACCGAUGCUCUCAUGGGCAUAAUACGCAAUCAAACGGCAAUGGUGGAGAGCCUGCGGCAGCGGGAGAUGCAGCUGACAGCAGAGCUCCAGCGUGAGAAGGAACAGCGGGUCUCUAUGGAGCGGCAACUCAGCGAUGUCCAGGCCCAACAUGCGGAACAGGGAGGCAUGUUGCAGCUUCUGUCACAAGUGGCGUCCGCCGGUGGUGUGUCUGAUGCACCGCUGGUAGGGGAGCUGCGCGCGCAGAACGCGGCUCUUGAUCAGGAGUUGCGCAUGAUGCGGCAAAUGCUGGAGGAGGAGCGGGCGCACGCAAGGCGCUUCCAGGUGGAUGCCGCAGAGUGGAAGACGCAUAUCGAUGCGCUGCAGGCUGAGGUGUCAGCGCAGCAGGUGGAGACGGAGCGGGCGCAGCACCUGGCGGCGCUUAACGAAGGGCUGCGGGGGGAUCUCAACACUGUGAAAGAGCAGAACGACAAGCUGAUGGUGGCCGCUACGAUCCUCAAGCAGAAGCUGAUGGACGAAGCGCACCGCAGCGGUGAGUCUGCCCGGCUGCAUCAGCAAGAAAUCGCACUGGCGCAGCGCAUGGGAGCCAUCCAGCAAGAGUCGGCGAUCCACAUGAAGGAGCUUGAUCACCGCAUUCGCGCCAUCCAGAAGGAGCUCAACGAGCGGGUGGAAAAGGAGAAGACGAUGCUGGAAAAGAACACGGAGUCGCAGCGGCUUGUGUACCAGCUACACCAGCAGCUGUGUGCCAAGGAUCGUGAGUUGGCUUCUCUGCAGGAGCAGUUGCGGCAGCUCAGUGGUAUCUCGCCGGUACGCUUGCAGCAACGCGCCAGUGCGGUUGCCUCGGGUCUGCAAAGUCGAGGCACCCAGGUAGUCGCGGCGAGAGAAGAGCCGUCGCUGCAGCGCGGGAAAGAGGACGCUGUGGCGGGAUCCAAGGCUGCUGCCGCUGGGCAUCAACGAGCUGCAUCUAUGACUGAUGCCGCAGGCGUUGAGACACUUACGAGCGUUAUAGAUAACCUCAAGCUGGUAAUUGCGAAGUUGCAGAGCGAGAACGCCGAUCUCCGCUCGACGCAAGUGCAGUCGGCCCACUACGCGCGCCAAUCACGAGAACUGCGCGAGCUGAAGAAACGGGAGCAGAGUUUGCAGACUCAGCUCGAAGAUCUGUCCCGGCAGCUCGUGAGCUUGCGUGCUUCCUCCAGAGGCGACGGUGCCUCUUCUCUGUCGAACGCGGAGCUAAAUCGUCGUCUCGCGACUGAGCAAGCUGCCGCGGAGCAGUACGAGAUGGAGCUCAACAACCUCCGUCUUCAACUUUCUAAUGCCGAUCGCCGGGUUGUCCGCCCACUGGAUCCGACUAGUGGCGGAGCACAAGCGACGACAGUCACGCCUACAGCUCACUCGACCGUGCCUCCGCCACUGCCAAAGUCUCGCUUUUCCCAUCACCAAGAGCGUCGUGGUGGAGAUAUGAGCUCGUUGGCUGAACCGCCGCAACGUCGCUUGAGUUCCACUCGAUUGAGCGAUACCGCUUCCGCGACUGCCGACCACAGUGCAUCUCCGCAAUUCUGCCACCGUGGAGAACUGUAA